AUGGUCACGUGUACCCACGUGGUACCAGACAAAGAGAAAGUACGGAUAAGAAUUACGUACUAUGGAUUUUUACAAUUGAUGUUGAAGGCAGAAGCAAUUUUUUACGGAUUUACUGCCUAUCUUAUGAGGUUUCUCGGUCCUUAUCAGAUUAAUAUUGUUGCAAAUGAAACAGUCCAUCUAUUCUCGGUUCAUUUCUCGCGCGCAAAUAUGCUUCGAAUUAAAUUACCCAGCGACAGUCUUUUAACAGCAACAUCAACACCGCUAAAAAAUGUUCCAUUAAAACAAGUUAAAAUUAACAGUAAACUUCGAUCAUUUGCAGCCGAUGUAACCAUCACACAACUGUUUCAAAAUGAUGAACAAAUGUCGAUUGAAGCCGUUUAUUCUUUCCCUAUUGAAGAAAAUGCUGCUAUUUAUUCAUUCACUGCCAAAAUUGAUGAUCGGGAAAUCGUUGCACAAUUGAAAGAAAAAAAAGAAGCACAACGUGAAUACGGCGAAGCUUUGCAGCAUGGAAAUGGUGCAUAUCUGUUGGAACAAGACGAAAAGUCGCAAGACAUGUUUAUUAUAAACGUUGGUGCUUUGCCAGCCGGAAAACAUUGUGAAAUACAAAUUGGUUACGUCACUGAAUUAGAUUUAAUUAACGGAAAUAAAAUUCGUUUUGUUGUUCCAACAACAAUUGCACCACGUUAUAAUCCUGAUCAAGGUGGUUUAUCAGCACCAGCCGGAACAAAAGCUCAAUAUGUUCAAGCAGCACCAUACACAGUUGAAUUCAAAUGUCAAAUUGAUAAAUUAAAUCAACAGGUCACACAAGUCUCGUCCAUUUCACAUCCUGUCAAUGUCAACUUUUCAAAUCUAAAUCAUUUUGAAGUUAUAUUAAGUCAACAGUCAACACAUUUGGAUCGUGAUAUUAUUUUGGAUAUUGAACUGGCUCAAAUACGAACAAAUACCAUCUUGGUAACUGAAAAGAAUCAGCAACAACAAUUAGCCAUUAUGACAUCAUUUACACCGUCGGAAGAUGAUUGUCGAAAAGCACUUGGUAGUGGAGAAGGACAACAGAACAGUGUUAACAACAAUGAAUUCGUCUUUGUCGUUGAUUGCAGUGGUUCAAUGCAAGAUGAAAGUAAAAUUGAUUUGGCUCGUCAAGCAAUGCUUUUGUUCUUGAAAAGUUUGCCGGUGAGUUGCCGAUUCAACAUUAUUCGAUUUGGUUCUGGUUGCAAAAUAUUAUUUGAACAAGAGGCAACAGCUAUUUAUAAUGAAGAAAAUGUGGAAAAAGCUGAAAAAUUAAUUAAACAAAUGAAAGCUGAUUUAGGAGGCACAGAACUAUUACAACCACUGCAACAGCUUGACAAACAAGCUCCCGCUCCCGGGCAUUCACGUCAAAUAUUCUUGUUGACAGAUGGUGAAAUAUCAAAUGUUGAUCAAGUCAUGGAUCUGUGUCGUUCAAUGGCUACAUCAUCUCGAAUCUUUUCAUUUGGUUUGGGACAUGCUCCUUCAAGAUCACUAGUUAAAGGCUUGGCACGGUCAUCAAAUGGUCGAUAUGUAUUUAUUCCACCAGGAUCAAGUGUUGACACUCAAGUGGCUGAACAACUUGCUAAAGCUCUUCAACCAUGCAUCAUAGACAGUCAAAUUAAAUGGAAUUUACCGGAACCAGUCCAAACAAUUCCAUUGAAAACACCACCCGUCUAUGCAAAUGAUCGUCUUCUUAUUUAUGGCCUGGUUGAUGGUGAUACCCAACAACAGCAAUUUGAUCAUAACACAACAGUUGAACUGUAUUCGUCAGGCAACAAAACUCAAUUAGGAUUGGCUAAAAUUGAUCACAUUCCACAAACAUCAACUGAUCAAACAAUCGUUCGUCUUGCUGCUAAAGCUUUAAUUCGUGAAUUAUUACAUUCAAAACAAGCACAAUCACAAUCCAAAAAUAAAGGUUCACUGCAAACACGUUUUCAGUCACAGACAGAACAGUCUGAGGCAACACAAGAAAGUAAGAAUGAAAACACGAAACAAAUUAUUGAUUUAUCAUUAAAAUAUAAUAUUUUAUCGCCUCAUACAUCAUUUGUCGGUGUUGAGAAACGAACAAAUGGAAAUAAUUCAGACAUGGUCUUGCGUGAAGUACCUAUUCAGAUAUCAGCUGAUGAUCGACAUUUACAAGUGUCUGGUGGCGGCCAUCAUAUGAUGCUUUUUGCAGGAAGUAGUGUACGUUCCUUGAACUCAAGGACUAUGAUGUCAGUACCUACUAGCAGGAGGAGAAGUUCUAAACGCAGUCUAAUGCCUACUCUGGGAUCAGAAUCUGAUCUAUUUGACGAAGUAGACAUGCUGGCUGCUCCUACUCCUUAUUCAGGUACAAGAUAUAGUGAUGAAUCGGCCACUUACCUACCAGCAACCAAAACAUCUGAGGUAUGGCCGACUUCAGAACAAGAUGUAGUACGUUAUUUAAUUGAUUUACAAAAAUUUGAUGGUCUUUGGGACUUAACAACUGAACAAAUUGAAAAAUUAUCUGGAAAACCCUUGCCAUCUUUCAAGUGUCAAGAUACAACGGAUCAGAAAUUGUUAUCAUCAGGUAUUGUCAUUGUUGUUUUAGAACAAAUCAAAUAUUCAUCACAAAAACCGAUGUGGAAUGCAUGUAUUGAGAAAACUCGACGACGUCUGGCUGAAUUAUUAGGUGGAAAUGAUAAAUUAGAAUUAUUAUUAAAAGAAUUAAGAACACAAAUUUUAAGUAAUGCUUAA